CACCGGGUUUAAACCCGGUGCUUUGGUAAAAACCCAAUAAACACCCAUAAACUCCCAUAAUCACCCAAAAAAAUAGGUUUUUACGUAUUUUUUUGAAAAUAUGUAAGUAAUACCAAUAAAUUAUUUUUAUAAAUUGUAUUGAUCAAUUCUACAAUAUUAAAUAAAACGUUAACUAAUAAUAUUUCAGGAAAUUUUAAAAAUCUAUAUAUAAUAAAAUGAAAGUAAUUAAUUUUCAGUGUUUUCAUGUUGCAGUUGAUCAACAUGUUGGCCUUUUGCUUCCCGUAGAUACUUUAAAAUUUCUUCAUAACACCUCGUUCGCACACAUGGCCGUAUAUAUUUAAAUUCUUGAGCCACUAACAGUCCGAAAUACUCAUUUCUUUUAUCCUCUUCUCCAUAAAUUAAGCAUUUAGAACAGUUUGUUUCUUCUUUCAGUAAAUUUUCUUUUACUUUAUCCUCGUUUUUUUCUUUGUUGCGACGACGCUGGGUAAAUCAUCUGGACACUGGGUCUCACUAUCGCCAAAUAUAUUUGGAGAUCGGCUUCGGCUACGGCUUGGCAGACAUUUUUUUCUUUCUACAAUUUUAAAUUAAAUUUAUUAGAAUAAAUGCUUCGAACACACGCGAUCUAAGUACCUUUUGUGUUUAUUAUACCUUACCUACCUAGGUAUAAAAAGAGUACUUACGUAGAUUUUCUUUUAUUAACUGUUUUAUACGAAGAUCUUGAUCUCUCAAAUUAGCAUCCAUUUUACUUCCAGUGAUUAUCAACUAAAUUAAUAAUCCACAAAGUAUUAAAUAACGUUUUUAUGAAAUAUUUAGCACAAAAACAAUACCCUUUAAAUAUCGAUCGUCAGUAACUGUGGCUGACUUACCUAUAUUCUAGCAAGCAGGACUGCCAGAUGUGAAGGGGAAAUCCCCAAUAAAUUGUUGCAUGUGACUGAUGAUGUGAGCAUGUUCGUUUCAUAAUAAAAAUGUUGCCAGGUAACCAAAAAGUCGUAUGUUUUUGUGCGAAUUACGAUCAUAAUCUUUACGAUCGUACAUUAAAAAAUAGACAAAUAAUAGUAUGAGUACGAUUUAAAUCGUAUAUCUGUCAACCCUGCUAGCAAGACAGCGACAAAAUCACGUUGCAUAACAAUGUAGCCCAAGCUUAUAUCUUAUGAAAUAUACGGAAGAGAUACGGACUUAGAAAAAACAGAAAUGUUGUUCUUUGUGGAAGUCAUUGAUGAAAUUCUAUGUAUUUUAGCCCGCAAACUUUCUUCAAACAAAAACAGCGCCAUCUAGUAUCGAGUUCUGUAAUUAUCUCUUUGUUUAUGGAUUUGAAGUAAGACCGCCACGCAUGCAAUACAUUAUGACUGGGGAUUCCCCUAUUCGUCGACGCUGAAUAUGAGGCGACGACAAUCACUGUCAAACGUGUUCACUAUUACUCUGACUCUGGUAACGUGACUUCCUGGUAACGUGUUAGGUAGGAAAAGCAGUAAAAAAGUGCAUAUUAAGGGAGCAGAUUUGAAAUAAUAUUUAUACUUAACAAGAAAUAAUUAAAGGUUCAAUGGGGAGACCUAAAGAUUUACGCAUAUGGGAGCACUACCGUACUUUACCAAACAAGUCUGUUUCUUGCAAGCUUUGUAAUAAGGUCUACAAAUUCAGUAAUGCUGCCAAAAUGCUUCAACAUCUUAUCACUUGUCCAAAAUCUCCAGAAACAUUAAAAGACUCUAUGAAACUUAUAAAAGAUAGCUCGUCCAAAACCAAAAUGUCUGGACUGUCAGAGAUAGAGACAAAUGAUUCUUUUAUAAGCCCCUCGUCGUCUGCUAACACUACAAUAAAUGCUGAGUUUCAAGACACCGAUGAUCAUAUAAAAACAGAAUUAGCGAGAGCUAUAUUUGUAACAGGGACGCCAUUAUCGAUGGUGCAACAUCCUUUAUGGAUACAAUUUUUCGAAAAAUUGCAACCAAAAUUUAAAAUACCUUCACGUAAAGCUUUAGCGACAAAAUACUUAGAUAAAAUAUAUAGAGAAAUGCGUUUUGAGUUAAAUGAGGAACUAAAUGCUUGUAGUUACUUACACCUUCAGUGCGAUGGCUGGUCUAAUUUAAGAAAUGAAGGAAUAAUAAACUUUCUUAUAUCAAAACCUCAACCUGCAUACGUUAAAAGUUUGAAUACAGAAAGUAAUCCUCACACUAGUGAAUACCUUAGCCAAGAAGUUGAAAAAGUAAUGAAAGUGUAUGGAGCAAAUAAGUUUCUUGUACUUAUUGGCGAUAACGCUAGAAAUAUACAAAAGGCAUUCGAAUUAACAAAACUCAAAUAUCCACAUGUUGUUCCUCUCGGUUGCUGUGCACAUAUCCUUAACUUGUUGUGCCAAGAUAUUGUAAAGAUACAAGAAGUAACUGUGUUUAUUAUGCAAGCCAUAAAUAUAAUAAAAACUGUUAAAAGGAGUCAACGAUUAAGUUCCUUGUUGAUAAAAUCAAGGCAGGGUGAAGAUUCUACACAAACACUAAAAUUGCCUUGUGCUACAAGAUGGGGAAGUCAUGUUACUUCGUUAAAAAGUUUGAAAGCAAAUAAGAUAGCUUUGCAAAUAUUAACAGUUAGAGAAGAUGUGGUAAUUUCAAGAGAUAUUAAAGAUUUAAUUCUAAGUGAUGAUUUCUGGACGAAGACAGGGGAAUGUAUAAGUAUUUUGGAACCAGUCACUGAAAGCAUAUUUUACUUAGAGAGCGACCAGAAUCGUUUGCAUCGCACAUACAUUACAUUUAGAGAUGUACAAGCUAAGAUACGUUUUGCAUUAAAUGAGAUUUCGACAUUGAGCGAAGAAAGCAAACAGCAGAUUCUAACAUCAGUAUCUUCAAGAUGCAAUAUGGCAAUGAGGCCAAUACAUUUUGCAGCAUAUAUUCUAGACCCCAGGACUCUAGGAGUCGAACUUACUCAAGAGGAAGAACUUAAGGGUAUGGAAUUUAUCUACAAUUUAAGCCAACACUUAAGUUUGUCAAAUGUAAUGGCAGAUUUGGCGUGUUAUAAAGCUAAAGAAAACUUUUGGGCCAGAGGAUUUGUAUGGAGCUCAUUAGAUAGCAUUGAGCCCCUAAUAUGGUGGAAAGGUAUUUGUGGUUCCACUGAGUUAAGCAAAGUAGCGAUUCGUAUUCUAUCAGCUCCCUGUACUUCGGCAGCCACUGAGCGUUCCUUUAGUAUCCAAGGCUACAUACAUAAUAACAAAAGAAAUCGACUUACAACUGAAAGAACUGAAAAAAUUUCAUUCAUUUGUUAUAACUGGAAUCUUAAACAUAAAGCUGAAUGCGAGGACAUUCAGUUUAAUGAAGAAAAUACCUUAGAAGCUUUCAUUGAGCAAGUAAAUGAACAUAACAGUUUAGACGAAAUAGAGCCUAUCGAACCUAUACAAUUCAUCGCUUGUAAUAACUCUGAAUCUGACAGUGAUUGACUGUAGUUUUACAUUUUACUUUCAUCUCUUUCUUAAUAAACUCAAAAUCAAAUUAAAAGUUUUUUAUUCUGUAGGCUGCAUAAUAAUAUUGUCUAUGUCCAGUAUAGUGGACGUCUUGCGGCUGAGAUGACGAUGAUGAAGUACAAAAUCAUAAACACCCAAAAAUUUGGGUGUUUAUGGGGUUUAAACCCAAUAAACCCAAAACACCCGGUUUUUACCCACCAGACUUUAAACCCACCCAGGUGGAUUGCCCAUC